CUGCAAAACACACUUGCACCCCUGCACAAACCUCAGCAAUUGUUGGAGAUGACACUAGACCGUCGGAAAACUAGCACUCAUGUCCACUUUCAAAGGCAUCGUAGCCGAGUUCCCCCAGAUCAGGCUCGACUACUUCCGGCAGCAAUCUGAGCACAAGGCGCCCUUAGCGUGCUUCCUCAGCCAUGUUCAUUCGGACCACCUUUCGGGCCUGGAGACCUUGAGAGCUCCUUUUGUCUACUGCUCAGCCGCCACUCGAGAGAUCUUACUACGCCUGGAGAAGUUCCAUCAUCGAAUCAACUUCGCCAAAGGCAUCCUCGAGAGCCGCAAUGUCACCUACGACAGGAGUAUGCGCAAGUUGGCAAAGCCGCUUCCGCUUGAUACCCCUACUACGAUCGAACUAGCACCUGGAAACAGCAUUCGCGUGACCCUUGUCGACGCCAAUCAUUGUGUUGGCGCUGUGAUGUUUCUGAUCGAAGGCGACGGCAAAGCAGUACUGUACACUGGUGACAUCCGUGCAGAGACAUGGUGGGUUAACUCCAUUGUCCAGAGCCCUGUUCUGGCUCCCUACGCACUUGGGUUUCGUCAUCUGGACUGCAUCUACCUCGAUACUACUUUCGCAACCAAGUGUACGCCUUACAAAAACUUCCCGUCCAAAGCGGAAGGUAUCAGAGAGUUGCUAGAGAAAGUCAGCACCUACCCCGACGAUACGAUAUUCUACUUUCACUCCUGGACUUUCGGCUACGAGAAAGUUUGGAUUGCGUUGUCAGCAUUUCUCGAUUCACGAAUCCACAUUGACGACAACCGUACCCGCAUCUAUGGCUCAUUGUCAUCACUGGACAAGAGAAGUCUUCGAGAAGCAGGUCUUGACGUGCAGAGUGAGACCAGAUUCCCGAAAGAACCCGGAGUUGAGAUACGCGAAGCAGCCGCACUUUGUGGUUUCAGAAACGGCAACUACGUGCAGCCGGGCUGUCUGACCUCGUCAGAGAAUGUCCGUAUACACAGCUGCGAGCGCGGCUUGGGCUGUAGCGUCCUGGACAAAGACACCGAUGCGAAGAUUAUCCAUAUCAUCCCCAUCAUCUCUCGUUCUAACGGUAUCGAGAUUGCCGAAUUGGGCGCCGGUGGCGGCAAAGGCGACCUCGACCAGAAGGAAGAGCUGGAAACAGGUGACGUGGCUGCGAUGGGGCGGCUAAUGGAGUUGUGUGCUCAGUCCAUCGACAACCCAGAACUGUUGUCAAAGGUGUUGAAACUACUGCAGCAUGCUUUGAACAUGGGCAGCGCUUCAAUGGAUUUUGGCUUGCAGUUGCAGAAGGAAAGCCAAGUUAGCGAAGACGACGUGUCUUUGCAGAGACUUGUCGCCGCUCUGUCAUCCAAUGCUUCCAAAAGGCAAAGUGACAAUACUGAGCCGUACCGAAAUAAGACGAUCCGCUUUCCGUACUCACGACACUCAUCGUACUCUGAGCUUUGCGAACUCAUUGCUGCCUUCAAACCUCGAGAUGUUUUCCCCUGCACAGUCGACGAAGCAACUUGGACUCCGGACCUCAGCAUGAGAGCGCUCUUUGGCGAGCACUGCUCAGCACAAAUCUUCCGUCAUGAUGCUGAGAUGAUGCACAUCUUCAGGGCUAGGAAAAAGUACAAAGAAACUCAGAAACGAGAUCGAAGUGAGAGUCAGCAAGACACGCAAUUUGAGACUUCCCCCGAGAUUACGGUACCAAGUGUCGCGAAACCAAAGGUUGCAAAGCUGGACAAUGAGAAACCUGCGGUACUGCCUGAGGAGGAAGUAGAAGAAACGAUUGCAGACGUUGAGAAAACGGCCACGAACAGAGCUGCAGAUGCGUACCCAGCACAAGCUCUAGAUCUGACAUCUGCGGUUCUACCAUUACCAAUAGCAGUUCAGCCGGUUCCGAAAGAAGUGCUGACACCUGCAACUUCUACGCCUCGCCCGUUUCCAUCCUCGAGUAAGUCCAAAGCGUCGAAAUCGGAAAGGAAGCGUAAGCUGACCAAUGCGCAUCUGGCGUACGAGGCUGCCAUUGGAACGUACUUGACCUGGGCGGAUUUUGGGGGCCUAGAGUCGACAAAGAGCAUCGAAGAAAAGAACGAACAAGAGCUGUAA